AUGAUUCCUAAACAAUGGAAGACCAGCAAGACCGUGUUGUUGUACAAGAAGGAAGAUUCACAUGACAUCCGCAACUAUCCUCCAAUUCGCUUGCCAUUCGUUACCUACAUGCUAUUCAUAGGAGUGAUCUUCACAGGAUUGCGAAAAGUGUUAAAUAAAGGACAACCGUGCAUACAAGCAGGGUUUUUAAAAGGAUUCAACACGACUGGCCACAUUCGCACUGUUUGGAAACUCAUCGAAGUAUCGCAAGAGUACAAGGUGUCGCUAUUUCUCACAAACAUCGACUUAAAGAAGGCGUUUGACUCAGUUGAGACGGAAGCUGUCAUAGAACCCUUGGACAACCAAGGCGUCCUUACUCAAUACGUGAAGGUACUUCGAAAGUUGUACAAUAACUUCACGACAAGAAUUUUGCCAUUCUACAAGAAUAGCAUCAUUGAUGUGAAGAGAGAGUUCCGACACAGUGAAUACAAUCCCAAUUAA